GCCGGAGCCGAGCAGCCUGGCAACGGCGGAGGCUCCCGGAGCUCGAGCAUUUCCAGUAUGGCUUCCGCACCAGUGCCCAGAUAUAACUCCCACUCCUUGGAGAAUGAGUCGCAGAAGAGGGCCUCGAGCGAUGGGCUCAAUGAGGAUGUGGGUGCAGCUGUUCCCCGACUUCCAGGAGAGACGCGCAUUACUGACAAAGAAGUUAUUUACAUAUGUCCUUUCAAUGGCCCCAUUAAGGGAAGAGUUUACAUCACAAAUUAUCGUCUUUAUUUAAGAAGUUUGGAAACGGAUUCCUCUCUAAUCCUGGAUGUUCCUCUGGGCGUGAUCUCAAGAAUUGAAAAAAUGGGAGGUGCCACAAGUCGAGGAGAAAACUCCUAUGGUCUCGAAAUUACUUGUAAAGACAUGCGGAACCUGAGGUUUGCCUUGAAGCAGGAAGGCCACAGCAGACGGGACAUGUUUGACACCCUCACGAAGUACGCUUUCCCCCUGGCCCACAAUCUGCCAAUGUUUGCAUUUUUAAACGAAGAAAAAUUUAACGUGGAUGGAUGGACAGUUUACAACCCAGUGGAAGAAUACCGAAGGCAGGGCUUACCCAACCACCAUUGGAGAAUCACUUUCAUUAACAAGUGCUAUGAACUGUGUGACACUUACCCCGCCCUUUUGGUGGUUCCCUACCGCACCACGGAUGACGAUCUCAGGAAAGUGGCGACUUUCAGAUCGAGAAAUCGAAUUCCCGUGCUGUCUUGGAUUCAUCCUGAAAACAAGACGGUCAUUGUGCGCUGCAGCCAGCCUCUUGUCGGCAUGAGUGGCAAGCGGAAUAGAGAUGAUGAGAAGUAUCUCGAUGUGAUCAGGGAGACCAAUAGACAAAUCGCUAAACUCACCAUCUACGAUGCCAGACCCAAUGUGAACGCAGUGGCCAAUAAGGCAACAGGAGGAGGAUAUGAAAGUGAUGAUGCGUAUCAUAACGCUGAACUUUCCUUCUUAGACAUUCAUAACAUCCAUGUCAUGCGGGAAUCUUUGAAAAAGGUCAAAGAUAUUGUUUACCCUAAUGUGGAAGAGUCUCAUUGGUUGUCCAGCUUGGAGUCAACUCAUUGGUUAGAGCACAUCAAGCUGGUCCUGACGGGGGCCAUUCAAGUGGCCGACAAAGUGUCUUCAGGGAAGAGCUCCGUGCUUGUGCACUGCAGCGAUGGCUGGGACAGGACAGCCCAGCUGACGUCCCUGGCCAUGUUGAUGUUGGACUCCUUCUACCGGAGCAUCGAGGGCUUUGAAAUCUUAGUGCAGAAAGAAUGGAUCAGCUUUGGGCACAAGUUCGCAUCAAGAAUAGGCCACGGGGAUAAAAACCAUGCCGACGCAGACCGGUCUCCCAUCUUCCUCCAGUUCAUUGACUGCGUGUGGCAGAUGUCGAAACAGUUUCCUACAGCUUUCGAGUUCAACGAGCGGUUUCUGAUUACGAUCUUGGAUCAUCUGUACAGUUGCCGGUUUGGUACUUUCUUAUUCAACUGCGAAGCUGUCCGGGAAAGACAGAACGUUACAGAAAGAACAGUUUCUCUCUGGUCACUGAUAAAUAGCAACAAGGAAAAUUUCAAAAACCCCUUCUAUACUAAAGAAAUCAAUCGCGUUUUGUACCCAGUCGCCAGCAUGCGUCACUUGGAACUCUGGGUGAAUUACUACAUUCGAUGGAACCCCAGAAUCAAGCAACAACAGCCUAACCCGGUGGAGCAGCGCUACGUGGAGCUCUUGGCCCUGCGGGAUGAGUACAUCAAGCGCCUGGAGGAGCUGCAGCUCGCCAACUCCGCCAAACUCUCAGAGCCCUCCGCCUCGCCAGCCAGCCCUUCACAAAUGGUGUCCCAUGUGCAGACCCACUUCUGAGGGUCCGGACCCAGCCCACAACAAAGGCAAUUGGCGACUCUCCUUGGGGGCCUCUGUACAAAGUAGAUGCAAAGAUUUGCCUCCGUGUAGACCUGAACUAACACCAUCUUACACUCUUGAAUAUGUGCCUUCUAGAAUACAUAUUACAAGAAAACCACUGCGUCUCCCCAGGCAGCCGCAAGAGAGGAACCAAAUGGAAUUUGCACAACUCCUGGCCUCUUUUCGAGAGCAGUAUUUUUUGAAAGAGAAAGUGUAAACUGCAUUUACCCCUUGAGAAGGGCUGGGUGUGGGCAAGCUGUCUUUUGCGGGCUUAAUCAGAACAAGGUUAUGAGAAAUGAAAGGGGACAAAUGAAUAUAUGUUUGCUAAAUGGACUUUCCUCAAGCUCCUCCUAAUAAUUGCUUUGGAUUUCUCCAAAAUGAGCCCAAACGUGAAAGAGGUGGGUUACUGCCAAAGUCAAAUUGAGCUCAGCUUUCCAGUCCGGAUCCCAUGCAAGGUGUUAAGCAGUUGCCAAAUUCUAUAAUAUCCUAAGUCUCAAGUAAGUGACCUAAGGAGAAAUAGCUGUGCACGUGAGCUUUCCCCAGGUGUUCCCCCAAUUUUCCAGAGAAGAGUAUUUUUCUAUUAAUAAGUAGGGCCCAGUCAAAUCUAAUUUGACCUUUCCCCCUCUACCAGUCAGUUACGUUUCCUGUGUCCUUUCGUGAGCUUGCUUACAACCAUAGCCCCCCAAUUUAGGUGCCGAGAGCCCCCUGUACAGCACAAUCCAGGGGUGCCAGCUGCAUUCUGCUGCUUGGGUGGCUACUUCACCAACUUUGCUGUGGUCCAAACACUCCUCAGCUAAAAUGCAGGGCUGGCCAUCUCGGGUGCUCAGCUGACACUCCAGUGCCGUUCUUGGAAAGGGACAUGGACACUGGUGGAGCCUGUUGGCCAAAGUGUUGUGUUUCUGAAUUUCACCCUCGGUGGUGGUAGAUGCUUCUGCCCACAUGCAUCUAUGAAAACUGGUUCUACAAAUUUUUACUUGAAGUACCCGCCUGUUUGCUUUGUUUCAGGUUGUUGUGUUUCUUUGUGUUCCGUUUUUGUAGUGUUAAGUGAAAUUUCAAAUGCACACUUCUCUUUGAUAUCCAAACUAAUUCAUUCAGUAAGUUUAUUUGUAAAAGCUAAGGCUAGCGUUAAAACAAUUAAUGUGUUUUGCAAUGAUUUGUAAAGGACUAUUUAUAGCUAAUAAUGGUUUUGUUUUCAAUGAAUUAAGAGAGAUUAAAUAUAUCUUUGUAAAUUAUUUUAUGUCAUAGCCUAAAAGGUCUACCAAAUAAGACAUCUCAAAGAUCAUAGUAUAAUGUAUGAAUUUUUGUAUGUAUAAGAAAUUUUAUUAGAUAUUAUCUUGCUUUUUUGUAAGUGCUGUAAAUAUUUCAUAAAUUAACAAAGUGUCACUCCAUAAAAAAGAAAAAGAGCUAAUACUAAUGGCUUAAAGGAUUUGAGGAAAUUUCAUGGAAAUGUUUUCAUGCAAUAUUGACUAAAGACCUGCUGUAAUAAAUCUAUUA